AUGAAGAUUCUUUCAACAGAUGAGAAAAAUGCUCACAUGAACUAUUUGUUGUCACAGGGGGCUAAAGGUUUAGUUUAUGGUGGUGUUGUUUCUGCUGGUAUAUAUUCAUUCUUCAAAUACAGAAGACCAGCUAGGUUUGCCACUUUCACUGCUAGUGUCAAGGCGGCCAUCAUUGUUGUUCCAACCAUUGGUAUUUCUGCUUUCUGGGCUGAUCAAGGUUCAUGGGAGUUCGACAAGAUGAUGCAUCAAUCAGAGUAUACGCAACAACAAAUGUUGGAGGAACACAGGAAAUUCAAUAGCUUAUCUACAUCAGAAAAGAUCUUUACAACAUUGGGUGCCCACAAGUAUCAGAUUAUUAUUGCUGCAUGGGCUGCAUCGCUUUAUGGAUCAUGGACCAUUAUUAAUAGAGACAAAGUCAUGACCACAGCACAAAAGGCAGUACAAGCAAGAGUGUAUGCCCAAGCCAUCACAGUUGUUUUGUUGUUGGGUACCAUCUUGUUGAGUUUAAAAGAAGCUGAAAUUAACAAGAGCAAACCGGCACCACUCCCUCAUUGGAAACAAGUUCUACUUGAAAAGGAAGCCGAGAAGCAAGAAGAUGAACAUAGAUUAGCAGAGGAAAAGCGUAAUGCCGCUGAAAAAAAGGAAACUUUAUAG